AAUGGCUUCAAUACUGGCGGAUAUUUUUUUAGUAUUGUAUUCGCGUUGUUGUCAGUGUUGGCGAAUGCUGGAUAAACACAUAAUUGUUUGUAAAUAACUUUCUUAACAAUGCUAAAUUAAACUAGUAAUAAUUCCCUAACAUCUGUCGUUAGAAAGAGUGUUCUGUCCCAUUGUUAUAUUUGUUAGAUUUCGAAACAAAGCGAUGGUGGGACCAGAAGUAAAUGAAAACAAUUCUAUCGUGUUCCUAGAUGUAUCAAUUGAUGGUGAGAAAGCUAGCCGCAUAGUGAUCGAGCUACGGAACGACAUAGUUCCCCGGACGGCAGAGAACUUCCGCGCCCUCUGCACUGGAGAGAGGGGCGUCGGCGCCAGCGGGAAGCCCCUACAUUACAAAGGCACCAAGUUUCACAAAGGGUUGUCACAAUUCAUGGUGCAGGGCGGAGACACGGUGAAGAACGAUGGCACCAGCGGGGAGAGCAUAUACGGACCCACGUUUGAAGAUGAGAACUUUAAACUGCCGCACGAACCCGGAGUCCUUAGCAUGGCGAACAAAGGCCGGCCGCACACGAACGGCUCACAGUUCUGCAUCACCUCUCAGCAAUGUCUACAUCUGGACGGCACGAAUGUCGUGUUCGGGCGGGUGCUUAGCGGUCUCGGGCUCGUGACAGAGAUGCAGCUAUACGGCGAGCAGGACGGGAAACUUAGACUGGAGUGUAUCAUAGAAGACUGCGGUGAGGUGACAGGCGAUUGGCGGGAUUGGAUCUCGGACGAGGAGGACAAAAUUACAGACUAUCCUGAGGACCAUCCGCACUUGGAAGAACUAUCGAUAGAAACAUUAUUAAACUACGUAAGCACUAUAAAAACCUUUGGUAAUUCGUACUUCGCCGAGGGGAGAUAUAAACGAGCUGUACGAAAGUACGACAAAAGUUUACGAUAUAUCGCGCAUCUUAUGGAGCUGUUCCAGCGGGCACCACACCCUGAACCCCUCGUGCCGUCGUUCAACAAGGCAGUGAUGUACACCCAGCAGUGCAACCUCAACCUGGCCGCGUGCCACGUCCAGCUGGAGAACUACCAGGCCUGCCUCAAGUGCUGUACUGAGGUCCUGUCGUUGGACCCGCGCAACGAGAAGGCGCUGUACCGGCGCGGGCGCGCGCACUUCGCGCUGCACAGCUACUCGGCCGCGCUGCGCGACCUGCGCGCCGCCGACCAGGUCUGCCCCAACAACAGGGCGGUGCUGCGACUGCUAGAACAAGUCCGGAUAUCCAAUAAAAGGUACAACGACGUACAAAAAGAGCGCUUGUCAAAGUUUUUUCGUGACCAAAAGACGAAAAGCGUCCCAGUCGGACAUAACUGAGCUAAGACUGAAAGUACUGAUUUAUACUUUUAAAUGAUGUGCAAAUUAGACCCUACGAGGACGUGGAAAUCGAAAGGGUUCCCAGUAGUUACCACCGAGUUGUUACCGGUGGUAAAUACUGGGAAAAAAAUCCCAUCUUUUUACCACUGGUAACUACUGGGGAAAAAAUUCCCAGUAGUUACCACCGACUCGGUUUGGUACUGUUUUUAUUAGUAUUGAACUAACAACAUUUUGGUGGUAGCUACUGGGAAAAAAAUCCCACCUGGUAAACAGUGGUAACUAACGGGAAAAAAAAAUACCAACUCAGUUUGGUGGUAACUACUGGGAAUUUUUCCCAAUAGUUACCAGUGGUAAAAGGUGGAAAAAAAAUCCCAGUUGUUACCUUUGGUUACAACUUGGUGGUAACUAGUGGGAAUAGCCUAAUCAAAAUGGCCAAAGAUGAAAAUCCUUUGGAGUUUACUAAUUUGCUCCUUAAAAUGAGUAUUUUUUAUUUUGCUGUAAAAAAAAUUCAUCAUACUUUGGUUAAAUUUGGCGUAUAGAUAACGUUUUCCCUAUUCUGUAUAUUAGGCGUAAUUUCACUGUAUGACCUAAAAAUCGCCCUAUGGUUUGCAAUAGAACGUUACAUUUUUGUCCCAAAUGUGUUUAUUCCGCCCAGAAUAAGGAGCUUUUCAAACCAACCAAAUUUUAACCAAACAAAAUAAUCGCACCAAAAUAAAAUUCGGCCUAUGUAUUGCAAACUUAUCUCAUAGCAGUUUUUGACCGAACAGAUUAAAAUUAAGUAUUUGUCGUAUGACAUCGAAUUUUAUGAUAUUACUUAUAAUGUAUAGCCACGGGGGUUUAUUUGUAGCAAGAUACCAAUAGUUAGGUAUAAGAAAUCAUGAAGAGAUAGCCUUAAUAAUUCAAUCAGAACUUUAAUUGCUGGUGGUUCAAGUUUUGUUUUGCCCUAUUGAAUUCUUGCGAUGAUGAGAAAUCAAAAAAUCUAAGGUCGAUGUGGUAAAGACCGUAAAAGCUUGGGAAGACCGUCACCAGGGAAGAAAUCUCGUUGUUGUAUAAUUACUUCGCUCAGAGUCUGAAAGGAAGAAUUAAAAAAAAAAUUCUACAUUUUCCUAAUCAGAUCACGAUACUGAAUAUGCCCUUAAAUCAGGGGUCCCCAACCUUUUACCCUAUACAGCUCGCCCAACGUUGUACUAAAAUACUACGCCCCCCUAAUGGAGAGAACAUAACUCUAGUUCGUUUUUUAGCAUUAUAAAAAAGGUAAACAAUCUUUAUAAGUCUUUUAAUUAGAAAUUAUUGCAAAACUUAAAAGAAAAAUGAGAUUAUAUUACUUAUGAAAGCAAAAUAAUGUAAAUAAUCAUUCAUAAUUGUUACAUAUUUAUCGUGACUUUUUCAAAAGCGUUUUUUAAUAAAAAGAUACGUCAAGAUCACUCACUUUCUUUCUAAUUGUAAAAAAACGAACUAUAAUUGAGGCUUGUAAAGUUUUAUGAGUAUGGGGAUAAUUCUGGAGCCGCUCGGUGCGCCCCCCUUUGGAAUCACACCACGCCCCCCAAGUGGGGCGCGCCUCGCUGGUUGGGAAACCCUGCCUUAAACCGAUCCCCACUAUUUUUGUUACACCUUGUAUGUACAUUAGAAAAACGCAAGAGUUAGAAGUCAGUAAUGAGCUUAUAGACGGUUUUGCCUGAUAGACGGUCUUGACCACAUUGACGAUAAGGUUUUUCAGAUAAGGCUCAACUUAAAAAGAAAGUUAUAUUGUUAAUUUAGUGUACAGUUAAGUUAAAUUUUAGUUAGAUUAAACAAAUAUGACAAUAUUUGUUUAACUACAAAUUUAAAUAAUAAUAAAAUAGUACGAAAUAGAUUGUAACCAAUAGCUUCGAUUAUUUUUAAGAUUCAUCAGAAAGGAAAAGUGACAUAUACGGUCGAGGAAAUAGAUUCUUUAGCAGUUUACGGUUCACUGUACAUUGGACAGCUCUUAGCAUAAGUAUGUACAACCAAAUUUACUUGAACCGCAAGUUGCUGAAGAAUCAAUUUCCUCGACCGUAGAAUAUAAAUGAUAUUGUUUAUCCUUUUGAGACCUAACAUUCCAAAUUUAUGAAAGAAUAACUUUUAGACCUAGUUUUAACCUCUUAUUUUCAUUGUACGAAAAGAAAGCUAAAGAUACUAAAUGUAAAUAAAAAUUAAACAAACAAUCGAAUCUAAAACUGUAUACCUAACUCAUACAGCCCGAUUUAACCCUUUGAAUGGCGCGUCGUCGUGAACCUUGUCCAGGGUUCGAAAGGAUAAUUAUCAAUGAUAGUUAUCUUGAUAAUUAUCGUGAUUUUUAUGUCUGAUAAUUAUCGAUUUGACAAUAACUUACAAUUUAUAAAAUGCAGUAUGUUUAAAAUGUUGAUUAUUUUAUAUACAGGGUGUUUCCUGUAACAGGAGCAAUAAAUUAAAAUAUAGUCCCCUUAAGUAAUCAGUUAUUAAGUCCAAGUGGUUUUAAUUAAUUAAAAUGAAAAAAAAAAUACUGUUAUUUUCUUACACAAUUAAUCGAACCAGCAAUGUACAGCCGCCACGCUGGGCAACCAUUAAUUCACUAUCAUGUUUAGUCGGAAUACUUCGGUAAACGUGACAGAAACGUACACAUAUGUCAACAAAAAGGAUGCUAGAGUUCUUCAAAGAUUACGCUAAGUGUUAUUUACGCAUAAAUACUCGAUAGAUAACUGAUAAAAAUGCGACUAAACAAAUAGACACAACAGACUUUUACGUACCUGUUUAGAAAAUAACAUUAAAAACGUUAACUACCUAAAAUAAUUAUAAACAAGAAUAGAAUUAACAUGUUUAUUCAGUCCAAACAAUACACGGCUUACUUUUUUUACUGAUGUGUAGGUACUUAUGUUCUAUUAGUAAUUAUUGUACCAGCAGUUUGAAGGCAUGUUUCAUGAUAUACGCCAAUCAGCUGUUUUGAAGCCAGGAGUAGGGUUCUUGAAGGCGAAUAUGUUUUGUCGAUAAUAGAGAAUUACAGCACACUUUGGGCACGUGCUGUACAGGCCGCCGCUCUGGUUAUUGCAUAUUAUCUGCACAUUAUUUACAAUGGCGGCUCUUAGGCAAGUGAUGGAUGGUUAUCGUAAACAAAGUACUUAAACCUCGGCUUAGGUUUCCUUUUUGGCUUUAUUGUAAUUAAGUAACGUCACACAAUAACGUAAACACAAUUCACACCAUUUGUAAUCUUUUUGUAAUACUUAUUGGAAAAAAAACUUUUGACUCGACAACUUGACAUUGUCAAUGUAAUCUUAACACGCAAAUUUUUGAGUCUUGUCACGUGAGCGUUGUGAAAACGGACUUCGGUUAUGAUCGUAGGAAAGUACCGGAAACCACGAUUACUUCCGAACUUUAUUUACCAAUCAUUUGUGAAGUUGCUAUGGUUACUUUAUAAUAAUAGCCUGUAGCCAUAGAAACGUUACAAAAAGACAGACCGGAUGUGGACCGGAUAGUCAAGUAGGUACUACUUAUUAUAACCAUAGUUGCUAUGUUACGGUUACUAGACUUGCAAUUGAUUAAACGAAUAUAUCCGAGUAAGUUCGAAUCGUAUGUUACGACUAAAUAAAAAAAUAACCCAUCCCAAUCAAAAAGUUUGCAUUCGGGAUUUCGUGGUUUGUCGUACCACAAGCCUAUAUCUUCGAUCAUAUUUUUUUUAAUGAAAAACCCAAUGGCGAAAACCUCCAACGAAACUGAAAAGUAAAGGGUGGCCGUUUUCGUAAUACAACAAUAAUACUCCUAUUCCUUGAAAAUAAGGACUAAUUUAUAGUUGGGCUAGGAAUUUACUCACUUAAAGCAUAGUCUGAAUAAAUCAUACUGUCUCUAUCUUAUGCUAGUACUAUCACCCCGAAAAAAGGGAUGAGUGCAUAUGUGCAUAUGCAUAUGCAUAAUAUUAUUUCUUCUACUGUUACUGACAAAACUGGAUUGCCAGACUAUAGUUUUGUCAAGAAGAUCAAAUCAACCAGAAAUGGCACCUGUCAAAAGAAGUUCGAGUAUUUUAACGAUUUUUAUUUGGUACAAAUGAAAUUAUUAACACAUUUAGAUUUUAUGCACGUAUAAUAAAAAAAAUAAAGAAAACAAUAUUGUUGUACAAAAAACUAAUAUUGCACAUACUUUUCUCAGAAUCCACAAUUACUAGCUGCUUAAUUGAAAAUGUUCUCAAUAUGCUGACCACGUGCUCGUAUGCAUGCGUUGUACCUUAACAAUGUAUUUCGAUGUACUACAUUUAGAUCACGUUGCCGUAUGGUGUUAAAUGCCUGAGUAAUUCGAUCUUUUAGCAUUUCUACAUUAUCUACUUCGGCAGAAUAUACGUCGUUUUUGAUAGCUCCCCAUAAAAAGAAGUCCAAACAUGUCAAAUCGGGCGAUCUCGGUGGCCAUCGCUUAGGGCCGAAUCGUCCGAUCCAUCGAUUUCCGAAUAUUUCGGUCAACUUUUCACGGACUGCCACAACGGAAUGAGCAGGGGCUCCGUCGAGUUGGAACCAUGUCACAUUUUUUACAUUUUCGGGCAGAUUGUUGUAAUACUGUAAUAAAGUGACAU